CCAAACAAGUACGUGGGAAGGGGGAGAUUGCUGAAUAUCAGAAUCUGAAUUUGCUGAAACUGAAAAUGUCGUCGCCAGUCGAAUACUACAAAUCGCUGCCGCCCAUCACAAAAUGUUAUGUUACUACUUGUGUGGUGGCCACUGCAGCUUUCCAUUUGGGACUAUACCAUCCUGGACUUAUUGCUUUAGUUUAUGAAUUGGUGUUCUCGGAGUUUCAGGUAUGGCGACUUGUUACAAAUUUCUUUUUCCUAGGAAAAUUUUCCAUGAAUUUUGGUAUCCGACUCCUGAUGAUAGCUAGAUAUGGGGUGCAGCUAGAGCAAGGGCCCUUUCAAAAGCGAACAGCAGAUUUUCUGUGGAUGAUGAUUUUUGGAGCUCUGUCAUUGCUGGCUUUAUCAGCUCUUCCAAUCUUUAGGAGUCCAUUUCUUGGGAUUUCACUGGUGUUUAUGCUUCUUUAUGUUUGGAGUAGGGAGUCCCCGCAUGCCCAAGUUAACAUAUAUGGGCUUGUGGCACUCAAGGCAUUUUAUCUCCCAUGGGCAAUGCUUGCUUUGGAUGUUAUUUUUGGUUCCCCUAUAGUGCCAGACCUUUUGGGGAUCGUUGCUGGACACCUGUACUACUUUUUGACCGUGCUACACCCUCUUGCUGGUGGAAGAAACAUAUUGACAACUCCAAAAUGGGUUCAUAAACUUGUUGCAUAUUGGAAACUUGGAUAUCCAACAAGUUCUCAUGUUCAACAGGAUAGGGGAUCUGGUGUUUUCAGAGGAAGGAGCUACCGUUUGAAUUCAUCCUCCAGUCAAGGCUUUUCUUUCAGAAGACUAUGGUCAUCCUAAAGGUUCCAUUUCUAUAUCAGUUUUCUCACCUUCUCUUAGAGCGAUAAAAACAAUCUGUUAAUAGAGGGCAAAUAGGGUUUAUUGAUUGGAACUGGAAGACAUACAAGGAUUUAAGCUGAUUAAUUAAAUUUCAAUGGUUGUCAUGGGAUUUUAUAUUUAGUUCUGACAUGUUCACAAAUCGGUAUUGAUCAGAAUAGAAGAACAUGUUUAUCUCAAGCCAGUCUGUGUUUGUUGGGUGUCGGCAUAGAAUAUUAA